CUUUAUUUUACUUAACAAAUAGGUUUUUUUUAUUUUAGUGUCACCCUGUACUUUCUAUUGAGAAUAACAAAUAAAAGCCGAUUCACAUACAGCUUUUCUCGCUUUCCUUGACAAUUCUUACUUUAGCAAUGAAGCAAAUAUAACAAAUUGUAUGUUGUUGUAAUUGUGGCCUCGAUGUUAACAAGCUCAUACAAAAGUAUAUAUUGAACUUUUCUGUCAAAGCAUAUGUAUGAAGUGAAUCGAAGCAAAAAUUCUAUGUGAAUGGGUCAUAACGGACCAUUCACAUAAAACUUUCCUCGCUUUGCGUGACAGUUCAUACUGAAACAACCAAGCGCACAAAACAAAGGCUGCGGCACUAUGAACGCUUUGCUUUUAGUGUUUCUCUCUAAUAAAAAUAGCGACUGUUGGCAAAGCGUAAAAAGAUGAGAGUUGCCUAAGAUUUUGCUUGGCUUCGCGCCGAAAACUGUUUAUUUGAACGUACUCAUACAAAACCGUACAUCGAACUUUUUUGUCAAAACACAUGUCUGACGCAAGGCGAAACAAAAGUUCUAUGUGAACUGGCCAUAAGUGUUUUACGCUACGCCAAUUCUCUGAUAAUUACAACCCUGUCAUUCAAUUUACAAUAGUUUUCAAAUAUAUAAUAUUAAAAACUAAAAUAAUUGUUAACUUUAUCAAUGUGAAACGCACUAACAUUAUCAUAUAGCAAAUGAAUUUCGCAGUAAUGUUGCCUCUAGAAUUCAGUAGCUAUUUUACUACACGGAAGUUCACCAAUUUUUUCAAAAGAUUUUGCAUUGUGCUGUAUUAAGUUUGUAUCAAAAUUAAUACUAACAUUUAAUCACAUAAUAUGCAAGCAGAUCUUAAAAGAUAUAUUGUAUAAUUUUACGCAGAAUGUCUUGCAACGCAGUUUAAUAAAAAUGAAUACUAUUCGCUCCACAUUAAAGUAACGCAAUCGUAAUUCAAUUAAAGUAUUAUUUCAAUAAAAGCCUUAUACCUUGCAACGCCUGAAAUGGAACUGGAAUCGGGUAUAGCUAUUCUGCAGGAUUUGCGUUUGCAGACAUUUGAUUCGAUACGCUUUGCUUCUUACCGUACGGCCUCUAAAUUGCGUUAUAUACAAAAGUCGACAAAUCUACACUUGGUCGAUAUAUGGAAUGUAAUUGAAGCAUUCCGUGAGAAUGGUUUGAACACAUUGGAGCCACAAAGCGAAGUGAGCGUGGCACGAUUAGAGACGCUUGUUUCAUCACUCUAUCAUAACCUCAAUAAACGUCUUCCAACGGCCCAGCAAGUUCCCGUUGAUUCGAAGGCUGGCCUCUUGCUCAAUUGGCUGUUAGCAGCGUAUACAAGCGAUAAUUCUGGAAAAAUUCGCGUAUUCUCUAUCAAGGUGGCUUUGGCGACUAUGUGCUCCGGAAAAUUGGUGGAUAAAUUGAGAUAUAUUUUUUCACAAAUAUCUGAUGGCGCUGGUCAAUUGGUACCUUGGAAAUUGGGUGAAUUUCUACGUGAAGUAUUGGCUUUGCCUGCGGCUGUUUAUGAAUCUCCUACAUUCCAUUAUAAAGACGGCUUGGAGGAGGAAAUAUUUCCAGCUGAGAAUAAGGUCACAGUAAAUGAUUUCAUGGCAACACUUAUGUCUGAACCGGGCCCAUCGUGCCUUGUUUGGUUGCCGCUGCUGCAUCGUUUGGCCACUGUUGAGACAAUUGUACAUCCGACCAUCUGUUCGGUAUGUCAUAAGGAGAACUUUACGGGAUUUCGUUAUCGUUGUCAGCGGUGCCACGCCUACCAAUUAUGUCAAGAGUGUUUUUGGCACGGCAAGACAUCACUGAAUCAUCAGAAUGAUCACGAAGUCAAAGAAUAUUCGAGUUAUAAAUCGCCCAGUAAACAGAUCGGCCAUUCGUUGCGCAAGAGCUUCCGAUGUGUGCCCGAGAAGACGACACAAGUGUUGCCACGAUUCCCCGAACAUCCCGAAAAGACUUUGAACCUCUCGCAUAUUGUACCACCAUCACCCCUACCAUCACACAAUGGUUUCACCGAUCCGCCACUAUUGCAUGGCGGUGUGCCCGGUGGCGCACAUAGCGGUGGCCUGUUGUACGAUCGCUCCAGUACGUUAGAUUCACGUGCAACUGGACGCAGUCUCGACAGUGCCACCGGUGCUAGCAUGUCACGCAUGGCCACCGCUUCGGCCAAUGAUGAGGAGCAUCGUUUGAUUGCACGCUAUGCCGCACGUCUUGCCCAGGAAAAUCGUGCUCCGGUCAAUGCUGGUAAUGUUGAUAAUGCCAGUAGUAUCGGCUCGGAUAAUUCGCGUGCGCAACGCGAACUAAUCGCUCAACUGGAAUCCAAAAAUAAGGAGAUAAUGCGUGAAAUAGCCAGACUUCGUCGUCAGCAAGAAGUUGAGCAAAUCACACCAGAAAAUCCGGCGCUUAUAAAUGAGUUACGCGCAUUACGUCAACGCAAGGGCGAGCUGGAAGGUCAUUUGGGCGCAUUGCAAGACUCGCGUCGUCAACUAAUGGAACAAUUGGAAGGACUCAUGCGUAUGCUAAAGAAUCAGCAAACUACUUCACCUCGCUCCACACCCAAUUCCAGUCCACGUUCGGGCAAAUCACCACCCAUGCCCGGUGGCAUGGGUGUUGUAAAUGCAAUUGGUGGCGGUGCUAAUUCACUUAAUAUUGCUGCAAUGCAUUCGCAACAAGGCCAAGCAUCGGCACAUUCUUUAAUUGGUAUAGCAGGCGCCGGUGGUGGAGGAGGCGGAGGCGGCCGUCCAACGCAGCAACAAUUGCUGCAGGCACAACAGACUGGCGCGUUACAGGGUUCACAACAACAACAGCCAUUUAAUACAAGCCAACUGGAGCAAUUGAAUCAAAUAAGCAAUGAAGUGCGUUCAGCAUUUGCAGGCAACACAAGCUCAACCUUUAUGCUUAAUCCCAUGGCUGAGAUAAAUGACGCUGCUGAUAAUAUAACAUCGGCACUUUCGAAUUUGGUAAACGAUUUGAAUGCAGGACCAACUGCGCUGCCCGCGCAACCUCGCUUUAUUAUGCCGCUCGAUAUGCGUCACGUUGUGGGUGGUGAAUCAACGCCAAUCGAUGAAGUGAUGAUUGGCGCAUCAUCGACGGCGCCGAAUGAUAAUGCAGAUGUUGAUGAAGAGGAGCGUCGUCUCUUUGAGAAUGUCUUCCAAACCGAUGAAGAGUACAAAUGGUUGGACGAAUGCGAACGUCGUACACGCAGUCAGCGUAUUAUGUGCUACAAACAUUAUCCUGACUUUUUAAUUGACGAUGAGCAAGCCGGUUUUCCGGCGCUACACGAAAUUGGCGAGACUAUCGAUGAAAUGCAACUGAUUAUGCAUGCGUUGAUUAUGAAAUAUAGUAUGAGCUUGUGAAGUGUUCCUUUGCCACUGCUAAGAGUUUAUUUUUGAAGACUUUGAUGAAUCGCAGACUUAUAGCAAUGAAUGGAACGUUAAGACAAAUGCGAGUAAUCACUGGCAGGAACAGUUUGCCCAAUGGCGUUUACAAUUUCAAAAUGACUAAAAGCCAACAAAGGAAUACCAAUAAUAAAAUAAUAGUGGCGGCGGAGCGAUUACGUUUACAUUUUUUAAUAAGAUUUAUUUAAACAACAACAAAGUCUUUACAACUACUUACAAAGGAAGAAAAGUUAAAUAAAAAAUAAAUUAAUUAAAAUUAAAAUAAAAUGCUGAAAUAAAAAUAUAUUCGUAAAUAUAAUAUUACAUUAUAUUACGUGAGGGAACUAUUUAUUUACUUUAAUUUAAUUAUAAAUAUGCAAAUGUGCGAAGUUGAACAUGAAUAUAAUAUUAGUAUGCUUUUUGAGUGUAAUAUUUAAUUUUUUUUUGUUUUUGAUAAACGAAUGCUAACUUAAUUGCAAGUGGUAACAAGAUGUACUUACUUAUAACUUAUUAGUCUAAUCAUUGAGCAGUAAAACAAAAAGUAAAUACUUGUAUUAAAUUAAGACAUGCUAAAAUAAAGACUCAUAAAUUAAUACAACAACUGCAUAUGUGUAUGAUGAAGCUAUAGUAAAAAAAAAAAAGCAAAAAACCUAAACAAAUUGAUAUUCUAAAUUUAAAAGCUUGUAUUAAUUUUAAUUAAGCAAAUUUUUAAUGCUGAAAAUGCAGCAAAGUUGUAUGGAAGACGUUUUGAAGGGCUAAAAUAGUUGAGAUUUGCUUGAAAAUGUUUUUGCUUUAUUAUUUUUUGUUGGUGGCUAUUAUUAUAAUUAUAUGGAAAAUUGUAUUUUGUUGUUUUUGCUAUGAACACCAAGUGUAUGUUAGAAUAAAAUUGUAUGUAUUUGCAACAUUAUGCUACAAGUGUAGACGAGAUUUUUUUUAUGUUUGGCAUAAAAUGAAAAACAUUUAUAUUUAAGAUGUACCAGUGUACUCAAAAUUGAAUGUAAUAAACAAACUAUUUACUAUUUUAUCGAUUUUAAUUAAAUGGUGUUAGUUUUUAUAACUUGUAUUUAAAGAAGCGUAGCUAAAUUUUUGGUUAAAAAUAUUUCAGAAUAAGUAUAAAAAAAUUUAAAUAUGAACUGAGUUUUCAAAUGUAAGCGCGCCUAAAAGUGUGCUUGCAAAUUUUUUAAUUUCGUAUAUUUAGUUGGUUGUGCUAAUAAUAUAGUUUGUUUGCGAAUAUUGAAUAAAAUUUUUAUAACAUGAGGUUUUGAAA